AGAAUAAGUAAUCAAUUAAUCUGAGUCACAGAUAGUUUUGUUGCCGCCGCCACCACCUACCACAAUCUCUCCCUAGAGCCGCCAUGGAUUCCGUCAGGCUUCCAACGGCUCCUUCCUGUCUCCGUUCCCAAAUGCUAGGUCAACCCCUUCACCACAUUCCCCUACCUCCUUGUAACCGCAACUUCCGGUUAAAACCGGUUAUCGGCAUCAAUCUAUCUCGAAACCACGUUUCUCCGGUUGCCGUUAUCACCCGAGACGAAACGUCUGUAGCUCCUCUAGCUUCUCCUCAGCCACGUCUCAAGGUCUCUCCGAGCUCGCUCCAGUACCCCGCCGGUUACCUCGGCGCGGUUCCGGAGCGUGCGAGCGAUCCCGAGAACGGGAGCAUCGCGGAGGCGAUGGAGUAUUUGACGAACAUACUGUCCACGAAGGUUUACGACGUGGCGAUUGAGACGCCACUCCACUUGGCGAAGAAGCUCUCGGAGAGGUUAGGUGUUCGCUUGUUUCUCAAAAGAGAAGACUUGCAACCUGUGUUCUCGUUUAAGCUACGUGGAGCUUACAACAUGAUGGUGAAGCUUCCAGCUGAGCAAUUAGCAAAAGGGGUGAUCUGCUCCUCAGCUGGUAACCAUGCUCAAGGAGUUGCUUUGUCUGCUGCCAAACUCGGCUGCACCGCCGUGAUUGUUAUGCCUCGUACAACUCCAGAGAUCAAGUGGCAAUCUGUGGAGAACUUGGGUGCGACGGUUGUUCUUGUUGGGGAUUCGUAUGAUGAAGCACAAGCAUUUGCUAAGCAACGAGCUGAGGAAGAAGGUUUGACGUUUAUACCUCCUUUUGAUCACCCUGAUGUUAUCGCCGGACAAGGGACUGUGGGGAUGGAGAUCACAAGGCAAGCUAAAGGUCCGUUACAUGCUAUAUUUGUCCCCAUCGGUGGUGGUGGUUUGAUAGCUGGUAUUGCUUCUUACGUGAAGAGAGUUUGUCCCGAGGUGAAGAUCAUUGGUGUAGAGCCAGCUGAUGCAAACACAAUGGCCUUGUCGCUGCAUCACGGCGAGAGAGUGAUACUAGACCAGGUUGGGGGGUUUGCAGAUGGUGUAGCGGUUAAAGUAGUUGGUGAAGAGACUUUUCGUAUAUCCAGAAAGCUGGUGGAUGGUGUUGUACUCGUCACUCGUGAUGCUAUCUGUGCAUCAAUAAAGGAUAUGUUUGAGGAGCAACGGAACAUUUUGGAACCAGCAGGUGCUCUUGCGAUCGCUGGAGCCGAAGCGUACUGUAAAUAUUAUGGGCUAAAGGACGUGAAUGUUGUUGCCAUAACAAGUGGUGCAAACAUGAACUUUGACAAGCUGAGGAUUGUGACGGAGCUGGCUAAUGUCGGUAGGCAACAGGAGGCUGUUCUUGCUACUAUCUUGCCGGAAAAGCCUGGAAGCUUUAAGAAAUUCUGUGAACUGGUUGGGGCAAUGAACAUAACCGAGUUCAAGUAUAGAUAUGGGUCUGAAAAGGAAUCUGUUGUACUAUACAGUGUUGGAGUGCACACACCCGGAGAGCUCAAAGCACUAGAGAAGAGAAUGGAAUCUUCUCAGCUCAGAACUAGGAACCUUACAAGCAGUGACUUAGUUAAAGAUCACCUGCGUUACUUGAUGGGUGGAAGAUCAAGUGUUGAAGAAGAGGUUCUAUGCCAAUUCACCUUCCCAGAGAGACCGGGUGCUCUGAUGAACUUCUUGGACUCUUUCAGUCCCCGUUGGAACAUUAGCCUUUUCCAUUACCGUGCAGAGGGUGGUGCAGGCGCGAAUGUGUUGGUAGGAAUCCAAGUGCCGGAGCAAGAAAUGGUGGAGUUCAGAAACCGAGCUCAAGUUCUUGGAUACGAGUACGUCUUGGUAAGUGAAGACACAAUUUUCAAGCUUCUAAUGCACUAGGUUUAAUGCUGUGAUGGAGAGACCAAAUCCGAGGAAGUAGUAGAAGCCAUGGGAGUCUUGCUUGCGUCCGUGGUUGUUCUUGAGCUCUCUGUUAGAACAAAAUCUGUGAGUCUGGGUCUGUUAGAUGUGCUUUUAUGUCACGGGCCUAUUACGCUAGCCCAAUAUGUAACCUUUAUCGCCUACGAGCUCUUUUCAGUCACUAUGCUGUAAUAUGUAGACUUUGGAUUUCUUUCAGCAAAUAAUGUGAGGGCUAACCUUCCAAUAAA